AUGGCAACCCCGCCUACGAAGCCGAAGCCGAAGCCUUCGAAAUCCAUCCUCAAAACCCACGUCUCUGCACCUCCUGCAAGUGCAAUCGGGCAAAAGCGCAAGAGGGUCGACAUGGUUAUGUCGUCAACCGCCAUUUCGGACCUGGGGCUUUCAUCCGAUGAUCAGGAUGCAGAGGAGGAAGGCAAUGCCAGCAGUCCCGUGGCGAGGACACAUCCCCCCGUCGCGAAGAAGCGGGCCCGCGUCAAGUUUGAGAUAGAUAUGCCGAGUCGUAGCAACAAGCAGCAGCAGCGGCAAGAGCAGGAUGAUGAUGAUGGUGAUGAGAAGAAGGGUAUCGAGAAUACUAGGAACGAGAAGAGCACAGCGAUGGUGCGCGAGGAAGUCCGUCGGGCCAUCCAGCGACAUUUGAUAGGCGACAGCGAGGCGUAUGACCGGGUCAAGGAGAUAUUUACGGCGGAUCCCACGGAGCUGGAGGAUGAUGGGUCGCCUGUGUAUGACCUUCCGUCUCCGACGUCGUUGAGGAAUCAUCUGCUGGGUCUAUUUUCGAACGUAUCGGCGCUAGAUGGGAGCUGUAGUGGGCUUGUACAUGCGGUUUUGCGGAGUGAGUGGCUUGGAAGAGAUGAGGAGUAUGUCAAGUUGUUUGUGAGGUUUUUGGGCACGUUGGCGGCGGCUAGGGGGACGUACCUCAAUUCUGUGCUGAGGGUUUUGGUUCAUGGGUUGAGGCAGGCUGGCCCUCGCACUGGAAAGCUUCCUGGAUAUGCAAUUGUGUAUCCUUCAGAAAUCUACGCUAGAGUUCAUAUGGCCAUUAAGUAUGUCAUUCAGCUUAUCCCCGCUGGGAGCGGUGCAUUGUCGCCUCUGAUUGCGUCCAGCUUCCCCCACGAUACGGACACCGCCAAGGCGCACAUCGUAUAUACGCGGAACAUCAUCAAAAUCAUCGACUACGCCCCGGAGCUGCGUUCGGAUAUCCUUGCUCUCAUCACGGAAAAACUCGUGAAAAUUGACGUGCAGUUCCAGGUGGACCUAGAGGAUGCGGACGAGGACAUAGAUGAUGACAACCCUGUCGCAAUAUCCUCACCAGAAGCUAUAGCAUUGGGCGAUGAAGAUGACGAGGAGUCAGAUACGGACACACUGGCCAGCGAUGACGAUGAUAUAAGCGACAUUGAAUCCCAACGCGCGAAGCAACGUGCAGACACCAAGCAAAAGAUCGACUACAUGAUAGACAUUUUAUUCGAAUACUAUUCCAUAGCGUUCACCAAUGGCACCGUUGACGAAAAGGAGACCGUCCACGACCUCCUCCUUUCACAUUUCCAAACCCUCAUCCUUCCUACCUACCGCUCCCGCCACACCCAAUUCCUCCUUUUCCACUAUUCCCAAUCCUCCCCAAUCUUCAUCGACCGCUUCGCCACCACCUGCGUGCAGAUCAUCUUUUCCAGAUCCGAACCAACAAUCAUCCGCCAAUAUGCCGCUGCAUAUCUCGCAAGCUUUGUCGCCCGCGGCGCCCACGUCUCCAGCGAAGUCGUCCGCGACGUCUUCGACCUUCUCGGCACACACCUCCAAAAUCUCCAAGCCGAAUACGAACCCACUUGUCGCGGACCCGACCUGAAACGCUACGGUCCUUUCUACUCCACUGCCCAAGCCCUCCUCUACAUCUUCUGCUUCCGCUGGCGCGAUCUGACCACCGCCGCGCUAGAUGCCGACAUCACCACCACCCCGGCCUCUUCAACUUGGUUAUAUGACCUCGACCUCGACGACGCCCGCUUUCCUCCACAGAUCAAAAAUGUUCUUUCCCCCGCCAUCAACUCGAAACUCAACCCCUUAAAAAUCUGCUCCCCAGCCAUCGUCUCCGAGUUUGCCCGCCUCACCCACCACCUCCACUUCAUGUACCUCUACACCCUCAUCGAGACGAACAAGAGAAUCCGCAUCUCCUCCUUCCGCAGCCGCGCGGUGCUGGCGAUGCAGUCCCGCUUCGGCAACGUCGAGCGCGAGAUCAAGGCGGACGACGACCUGGGUCCGCAGCUUGAUGCAUAUUUCCCGUUCGAUCCGUAUCAUCUGCCCAGGAGCCGGAGGUGGGUUGUGGAUGAUUAUUUGGAGUGGAGGGGGAUUCCAGGGGUGGAUGAUCGGGAGGACGAGGAUGAGUUUGAUGAUGAUGAGACGACGGAUGGGAGUGUGGCGGUGAAUGAUGAGGUGGAGAGUGAAGAGGAGGGGAUGACGGGGACAGAUGAGGAUUGA